GUAGGUUACCAACGUCCUUGUCCUACAGAGCCGCACACCGACUGCCUGCCUCCACUCAGAGGAUCUCUGUCAUUCACAGAACUAGAAGAAUAAAACCAGACUUUCAGACAUGAUGGCAGCCAGGUUUCUCCGCCGGUCUCUCCCGGUGCUGAGGCAGACUCGCUGCUACGCCGAGGCGGUGUCCGGAGCUCCGCAGAUGUCCUUCACUUUCGCCUCCCCGACACAGGUGUUUUUCAAAGAUGCCAGUGUGAAACAGGUGGAUGUGCCCACACUCACUGGUGCAUUCGGUAUCCUUCCUGCCCACGUACCCACCCUGCAGGUGCUCCGGCCCGGUAUUGUCACAGUCUUCAGUGACGAUGGCGCCCCAACCAAAUUCUUUGUGAGCAGUGGGUCAAUAACAGUCAACGCUGAUUCUUCAGUGCAACUGCUAGUUGAAGAGGGUGUUUCUCUGGACCAGCUGGACGUCGCUGCUGCCAAGGCCAACCUGGACAAGGCCAUUUCUGAGUUGGCUGGGGCUUCUGACGAGGCAGCGAGGGCAGAAGUUCAGAUCAGCAUAGAGGCCAACGAGGCCAUCGUCAAGGCUCUGGAGUAGACCUGUGGUCAUCUUUUCUCUUUCUUUGAUGGAAAUUAAUGGUCCAUCUGUGUUUCCAGCUCAGUCACGUCAGUGUCCAGAAGAUUCCAUGCUUGCUUUGUACAGUGGAUAAAAUUACAAAAUAAAUUUAUUUGGAAAUA